AUGUUUUGCCAGAAAAGGAGGCUAAAGAAUGAAUGGAAAGAAUUCUCCACUACCUUGCAGCUAAUUAACAACAUUGAAGUCCAUAGAUGUAUUUUGUUACCGGAUAGAAUCAAGAUUGAAUUACAUGGUUUCUGUGAUGCCUCAGAGGCCGCCUAUGGAGCAGUUAUCUACUGUAAAGCAACAUCAGCAACAAACCAUACAUCAGUGAGGUUGGUAUGCAGUAAAUCGCGUGUCUCACCCCUAAAGAAGACUACAAUCCCAAGACUUGAGCUUUGCGAAGCAGUGCUAUUAGCUAAACUGAUGUAUCGAGUGAAAUCAUCAUUAAAAUUGGAGCUUACUACUAUCCACCUUUGGACAGAUUCUAUGAUUGUGCUGUCAUGGAUCAACAAAGAGCCACACCUGCUCAAGACAUUUGUCGCAAACCGGAUUUCAAAGAUACAGGAUCUGACUGAAAUAGCACAGUGGCAUCAUAUCGCUUCUGAAGAAAACCCAUCAGAUCUCAUAUCUAGAGGUAUGUCUGCCAAAAACCUGCAACUAAGUCAACUGUGGUGGAACGGGGCCUGA